GGCGGGCGGCAGGAGGCGGGGCGAGCGAGAGGUUUGUGGGCUGCGCUCUUUGCCCGCUGCGUUGCAUCUGGUGGCUGAGGCGGCGGGACCCCGAGGAAGCCAUGGGGGCCUAUCUGAGCACCUUGGGAAGAGUUGCACUCUCUCCAGUAUACUUCGUGAUCAGCUUGAUCAUGAGAAUUUUCUCUAAGCCUCUGCCUCCCAUUACCCUGGAGAAUCCAGAUGUGAAAUAUGCUCUGCGACUGAUUGACAAAGAGGAGAUUAGUCAUGACACAAGAAAAUUCCGUUUUGCCUUGCCAUCCCCAGAACACAUUCUAGGCCUUCCUGUUGGGCAGCACAUCUACCUCUCUGCAAGAAUUGAUGGGAAUCUGGUGAUCAGGCCCUACACACCAGUCACCAGCGAUGAUGACAAAGGUUAUGUGGAUCUUGUUGUGAAGAUAUAUUUCAAAGGAGUUCACCCAAAAUUCCCUGAUGGAGGGAAGAUGUCUCAGUACUUGGAAAAUCUAAAAAUAAAUGACACGAUUGAGUUUCGUGGACCCAGUGGACUGCUUGUCUACAAGGGGAAAGGCGUAUUUGCUAUUCGUCCUGAAAAGAAAUCUGAACCAGUUCUUAAACAUGUCAAAUAUGUGGGGAUGAUAGCAGGUGGAACAGGAAUUACCCCCAUGUUGCAGCUCAUUCGGGCUAUCGUGAAGGAUGAAGAGGAUCCCACCAUUUGCCAUUUACUCUUUGCUAACCAGACUGAGAAUGACAUCCUGCUACGCCCAGAACUUGAGGAAGUGCAGGCUCAACAUUCAAACCGAUUUAAACUGUGGUACACGUUGGAUAGAGCACCUGAAAGUUGGGAUUACAGCCAAGGAUUUGUGAACGAAGACAUGAUCAGGGACCACAUGCCCCCGCCCCAAGACGACGUUCUCAUCCUGAUGUGUGGCCCCCCUCCAAUGAUUCAGUAUGCUUGCAUUCCCAAUCUGGAUAAAUUGGGAUAUUCCAAAGAGAUGAGAUUUGCUUACUAAAGGGGAAUGGAGGAACGAUAAAAUCAGAAUGUGUAAGUGGGGGAAACAAUGGAUGGGAGUGCAGGGAACAGCAGGGAACAAGGCAGAAAAAGUGCCUGGGACCUAGAGGUGUGGAGCUGCGUUCAGAGAGAUGCCAAACUCUCUAUACAGGUUUGGUCUCUUCUUAUUAGUGACACGCUGAAAAUUCUGUAAUGGAUAUCUGUGUUGUAUAUGGUAUCUUUAGCUUUGCUAUGCUUAACAAAUCUGUUGUAAGGCCACUGGAUUAACUCUUUCACAAUAGAUGGGCAAAAUGUAGCCGGCCUCUUGCAUCACCAAAGAGUUUCUUACUGAUACAGCAUGCGUGCGUGAUAUGCAACUGUCAAGCACGCUUAUGUGAAGGAAGAGUUUUCUUGUCACGAAGCUAUACAAUGAGCAGUUUAAGCAUAGCUGUAUUAAAUACACACUGAUCAAUAAUUGAAAUUUCAUUAUUGCCUUUAUUUGAAGAUUGGUGGUUUAGCCAGUUUGGGGGCGGGGGGAGUGUUGCUUAGUUAAUGAAAAUACAUUAGAAACCUCUGUAUAUUGAGAACACAGAGCUGAUUUAUUGUCUCACUACAGAGCAACGUCUUCCUUAAGUUUCUCUAGCUAAUCAUUCCCAAGUAAAGCUUUGUACACAAGUGUUCCUUAAAAUGCUUCCAAUCUUCUUUAGUAGUGAAGUGUGUAAAACAGCCCAGUGCUAAACACAUUUUCAUGGAAAUAAGUCCCACUGAUUUUUUAAAAUGGUAUUUCAGUUGUAUUUGUUUUUGGGAUGUCGGUCACCUUUGGAAUGCUGUGGGACAUCGAACAAUUACUUAAAGCUCUAAGUGUGUGUCGUAUAUAUCUUCUUAAACUGUAAGCUUUACAACUGCCAGAAGAAGACUUCUACAGAUUCCUGAGAGAUGUGCGUAAUACCUAUUAACCGCAGAGGUAUCGUGUGCAUUUUAACUAAUCUUUUUAUAUAGAUCUUUUUAUAAGUUGCUAAAUAGCGUUGUUAAAUAAAUUAAAAUUCUGUGGCCAGAUUCUCCCCAAAAUUAAUUCCACUGUGUAUGAACAUGUGUGUGUGAUGAGGCCUCGCAUUCCCGAAUGAGUAAGUUCUAGUCUCUUCCAAACAUCCUUUUUUUUUUUAUCUGCAUGGGGUACUAUCCCACUGGGACAUUGGGAUAAAAAGCCACAUUGAAAUGAAGGGAAAACUCUUUUGGCACAUUAAAACUAGAACUGCAGUCUAGCACCCCCUCCCUGUGCCUGUGUAAUGAGUGUUUGCGGUUUCUCCUUCCACCUAGAGAGAGCAGGCUCCUGAGUCUGAGCAUGCUUCUCUCCUGUCCUGUAUGCUGAUUCUAAGGCUCUUCUAUAUCUUGCUCUGAAGCAUCCUGUGGGUUCAGUUGCUCAAUUCCAGGACUCCUGCAUGGCAGUACCAUACUUGCCCUUAUUGGGAGUGUUUUGAGGAACAAAAGUAAGCCACUACAUAUAUUUGCUGAAAUCUUUUGAGAAGGGAGUGGGAGGGGUUGCAGCCUGAUGGAAUGCUAGUCAGGUGUGCACAACUUAGGACCUGGAAAAUGCUAGUGGAAGAGCAAGAGGCUGAAGAUAGAUAGAACAAAACACUAGAAUGGUUUUACUUCUGUAUGUGCUAAAUUCCUUGAUUGAAACAACUCUUGCGGCAGAAAAUAAGCAAAGUCCAUGUAACUAUCUUUUUGCUUAAUAUUUUUGUAUAUCACUGUGGGCAAAAGGAACCUUAACUUUUUAAUAAAUGUAUUAUUUGAGGUGUUGAACAGCUCUGGCUCGCCUCACACAAACUGUUCUGUAGGACGCAUCCUACCUGUUCAGCUAUUAAAUUUUCCAACUGCGACGUGGUAGAAAUAAAACUUUUUUUGCUUAUCGUUUACUUA